AAUUGCUCCACUCCUUUCUCCUAUCAAAGUUCAAACCCCUCGAACCCCCUUCAUCUCCAAAAUGAAUCUCCACAGUUGGAACAUCUUUGGUUCCUGUUCUUGAGUUUAUGUUUAUAUCGACCGUAUGCUUAUCAACUCAAACAUGAUACACGCGUAUUGCUACACCUGAAUCGCUCUCUAUAAUACACACACAGACACACACACACACACACACACAACACCAUCAUCCAAUCCCAUCAGCAUCAGUCUGAGUUUCGGUAAUGUCUCACAGCAUAAUUCCGUGCACUUGGCGAUCCACCAAAUUCGUAAACCACCUUUCCUCCCAAGAUCUCGGCAUCCCCUGACGACUUGGCAGCGGCAUAGUCAGAAAUGAAAACGUUUCCAAGGUGAAUUCGGAUAGGGUCAAGAUGCUAGUGCAAAUCAACUCAAUUGAGGCUGUGCUCAGUAUGCUGUCUUUGACCUUGGCAUUUGACUAUACCCAAAGAUAACAUAGUGAACGAACGGAAAACAUCCCAUACCAAUGUUCAUCUUCAUCUGAUCUCGUAGGUCUUCUGCUACACACUCAAGCCUUGUAUUUGAAUACAUUCACUCUUUUGCUCCUCUGCUCAGCCGCUGUCAUAGAAAUCAGUCACUCUUUUAUUCUCGAUUUCAAACCUCAAACUUUACCAAUCCCUAUUCACACCUACUUUCAUGUACAUGUUCUAUUCUUCUGUCAUUUUCACAUCAUGAAGCUCGAUUCUUCUUUAAUCUAUGCGGCAAGCCUCUACGCUCUUGCUGGCCAUGGCGUGGAGGGUGCCAUCACACUUGAUAUCACAUCUUCGGACUCGAUCAAAACUGCAGCAAGUAACAUAGCAUAUGAUCUCAUGUCAUAUUACACUGGAAACAACACAGGAGACGUGCCAGGCAAUUUACCAUCGCCAUAUUAUUGGUGGGAGGCGGGCGCUAUGUUCGGAACCAUGAUUAAUUACUGGUACUACACAAAUGAUACAACCUACAACGAUAGUGUUCAGCAAGCACUACUACAUCAAGCUGGAGACGAUGAUGACUUUAUGCCUCUAAAUCAAACAAAAACAGAAGGAAACGAUGAUCAAGGAUUCUGGGGGAUGGCAGCGAUGACAGCGGCGGAAACCAAAUUUCAAGAUCCUCCAGAUCCAUCUCCGGGAUGGCUAGCGCUUGCACAAGGAGUCUUCAACACUCAAAUCGCACGAUGGGAUAAUUCGACAUGUAAUGGUGGAUUUCGGUGGCAAAUUUUCACUUUCAACAAUGGUUACAACUACAAGAACAGUAUUUCAAACGGAUGCGUCUUUAAUUUGGCAGCGCGACUCGCUUUAUAUACCGGUGAUAAAACUUAUGCGGAUUGGGCGGAAAAAAUCUUCGAUUGGGUGUAUGGAGUAGGACUCAUUUCUCCCGAGUACGAUGUAUAUGACGGAACUCAGAAUUCCGACAACUGCACAGAUAAAGACCACAAUCGUUGGACCUACAAUACCGGCAUUUACUUGAUGGGAAGUGCUGCCAUGUACAACCAUACAAACGGCAGCGCUAUCUGGAAAGAUCGUGUCACCGGCCUUCUCAACUCAUCAACGGACUUUUUUCAAAAUGGAAUUAUGGUCGAAGCGUGCGAAAGUGGUACUUGCAAUAACGAUCAACAAUCAUUUAAAUGUUAUUUUGGACGGUGGUUAGCUGCGACAGCCAAGCUUGCGCCUUUUACCUACGAUACUAUCAUGCCUUUGCUAUUUACCACCGCAACAGCAGCAGUAAAAACCUGUACGGCUGGAAAACGAGGCAAUUCGUGUGGCUUGAAAUGGACCACGGGAGAACACGAUGGAAUUACUGGCGUAGGAGAACAAAUGUCAGCAUUGGAAGCCGUCCAGGGUCUAUUAUUACCCCAAACCAGAGAUUGGGUUAGUAAGGUAGCAGGAACCGGUACCAGUGAAGGUGAUGCACAUGCAGGAACAGAUUCGAGAAUGAGAACGGAUGGAACCGAGAUUACACCCGUCACCACCGCCGACAAAGUUGGAGCUACGAUAUUUACUAUGCUGAUUGUUGCGGGUGUUAUUGGUGGAAGCGCAUUUCUGUGUGUCGAGUGGUUUUGAAAUCCGUUGGAGGAAAUCUACUAUGUUUAUUCCUGUAUGUGAGCAUACCAUUAAAAAAACCAUUAAUCUCGUGGCAUCGGCUGGAGUUGGGCAUAUUAUCGGCGUUAUGUAUCAGGACAACCGGAUAACAGGAAAGGGGUCGCGUUGGGAAGCAAGGCGUUAAACCCACAGGCUUGCAUAGACAGCUUUUGCUAUGAAUCUGGCCGAUUUCUUUUGUUCUUUAUUCAAUUCGUCUUCAGGACACCUAUUUUUCGAAACUAUCAAUCUGUCUACCGCGUCUUUCGGGCGUCAAUAUCAGUAGAGAAAACUUGCAGAUGAGCAGGUUUUGGAUAUAUAAAGUUGAAUUCCUAUUACGGGCAGAGAAUAGAAUAUCAAUCAUUUCAAACGAUGUGUAUUCACGGGUGUCAACUGGCUUUGGUGUUGAAUGGCUUCUGGAGUGCCUCUGAUUUCCUCAUUAUCUCACAAUUACACAUUCAAACUGGUCUUUAGAAUAGAACAAUAGGAUAUUCAAUAUCAAGCGUGCACUUUUAACGG